AUGUCGAUCGUUACGAAUGUCGAAAUUGAGAAGAAGUUCUUUGACUUCUACGAGGGGGACAAAAAUGUUUUUUAUUCAAAGGAGCAGGAUCUGUAUUUGAGUCUAUGUGGUGAUAACAUAUACUGCUUUAAGAUAAACGAAUGGGGGGGCAACAACAGCUUCAAAUUUUACAAUACUAUGCACCCCACGUGCGUUCUGGAAUCCGCCGUCGAUAUUGAUGAGGUGAAGGAGACUUAUCAUAAGAGGUACCUGAACAGGCAUUGCAUAUCUUUGUUCAGUUCAAUAAGACUCCUACACUACGCUGACGGAAGUGUGUUUCUCUCGACGGACGACAACAAGAUACAUCACUAUGCUGUGCAGCUUAACGAUGCGGCGGUGAAGGAAGAUGAUCAGAACGUCGAUGCAAAUGGCGAACGUGAGGAAAGUGAACACAGGAACGAUAUCUACUUGUACGACGAAACGGAAGAGGAGAACAAGGGUGCAUACUCAUAUUACUACAACUGGGUUCACUUAAAGGAAAGGAAAGUCUGGAAAUCGCAGAACCUGGUUGUAACCUGUUUUGGGUACUCUACCCAGGGAGGCAAGCAGUUACUCGUUGGCUACAUCAACGGGUUAAUUAACGUCUAUAAUUUAAAGUCCUAUAAGUUAAAAUACUCCUACCGAAUACACAACAGUAGAAUUACCAACUUGAGGAUGUACCGAAAUUUUAUCAUCAGUUCCGAUGUGACAAAAAAUGUUUUCAUUUAUGACUUUGCCAAGGGAGAGAAGGUCGGAGCGUGUGAGGAUCAUAUGAGUGGCGUCAUUGAUUUUCUCUUUUUGGCAGUGCCAGGAGGGGCAGCCCCGAUGGGAAAACAGGAGGAAGAGUCCGUCCUGGCGGAGGAGGAUGAAACGAACCCGGAGGGAGUAGCGGUAGAGGAGGGCAAUCAAGAGGGUGUAGAGGCGGAGGAUUGCAAUGAAGAGGAUGUAGCGGAGGAGGAUUGCAGUCCAGACGAAGGAGCGAAUGACGAAAAGCUGAUCGGGUUCAUCACGAUUGGCAAUGACAAAAUUAUGAACGUCUGGGAUUUGAGCCUCCUGAACGCACAGGACGAAGAAGAAUUCAACGCCCUGAAGAACCAGUACAGUAACAAGAAGAAAAAAAAAAAAAGCCGAAACAGCGGUGUAGUCGCACUUACCCCCAUAAAGCAGAUAUACCUGGUGAACGAUAUUAACCACGCGCUGGUAAUUCCGUCCAGCAUCUUCAAAAGGAAGAGAAGCAAGUUAAUUUUAAACGAUGAAAAUAUAAAAUGGUUAAUCCUAACUCAUGACGUGGAAGGAAACUUCAUUUUUUACAACCCCAUAAACGCAGAAAUUAUUUUCAAAUUUGAAGAAAAUAAAAAACUAAUUAACCAAAGUAAUGUGCUCAAAUUUAUUCUCAUAAAAAAUAAAUUACAUGUGUUUAGGGAAGAUAGUUCCUUGCUAAUUUAUGACUUACGAGAUUUCAGGAUUGUGAAAAAUUACGCCUGCAGAAUUGAGGGCAUAUUUGAAAUGCUCCUGUUAAGUUCUGUAGGUAGGGGAGAACAACCAGGGGAGGACUCCCCAAGUGGUGAAGACGAAUUGGCACUGGAGGAUGUAUCCAGUGGAAGUUUGAAGGAAAACCAGUUUGUGGUCCUCACGGGAGAUAACAUAAUUCGAAUUUUAAAUUUUGAGGAAAAUCUCAUCCAGCAGACGCUACUCAUAGGUCAUGAGGAUGUCGUUUCAUGUAUAAAGCUGAGCGAAAAAAACCAACUACUCUUUAGCGGGUCCAAUGAUAAGAACAUUUUUGUGUGGAGCUUAAGAAGCAAUCAUUGCAUUUAUAUACUGAAAGAUAAUUUAUAUACCAUAAAUUCGAUUGACGUAAAUGUGAAAAAGUUUCCCAGAGUUGUCCUUGUGAGUGUGUGUGAGGACAGCAGUUUGAAGUUGUGGAAUUUUACCGUCAAUUCGGAUGUUAUCCAAGGGGGAAAGGAAAAAAAAAAGAGAAAAAUUGAUGACAUUUUAGAGGACCAGGAAACCUUCCAGAGUAACUUCACCAUUUAUCCACACAAAGUUACGAUAAACGAUGUGGCUAUAUCGCACAACUCGAAGAUUGUUGCCACAUGCAGUAAGGACAAAACGAUCAAACUGUUCGAAGUCGCAAAUCUGAAGCUGAUAAAAACGCUGGAGGGGCAUAAAAAGCCCGUUCAAAAUAUUCAGUUCUCCAAGGUGGAUCACCUUCUAUACAGUAACGCGUACGAUGGUUUGAGGAUAUGGAGCCUGACCAACUUCGAAUGUGUGAAAAGCAUCCAAAGUCUAGACUUUAAUUUAACAAAAGUUUUAAUUCUAAAUGAUAACUGCAUGAUUAAUGCGUUUAGCAAUGGAAACAUUAGUAUUGUCAAUAUGAAGAACUGUGAAAAAGUUUCUACUGUGAAUUAUCAUAAGGACAAAAUAUUUUGCCUUCAAAACUGUGGAAACGAUACCAUCGCUUCUGCAUCUUUAAAUGGAGAAUUCCUCUUCUUAAAAAAUGUUAGUGCAAAGGUAUGUACAGAGAACAUGCUACAAAAGAGGAAACACCUAUUCUACGAAAACCAGCUAGAAAAUUUGCUCAGUGAAAACAAAACAAACGAAUCCUUACUCAUGUGUUUGAAGCUUAAUAAAAAAUUUAAAUUCAAAACGGUUAUAGAGACGUAUCUAAAUGGUUAUACCUUCUCCAUUUUGCACCUUUUGAAAAAAUUCGAGUAUGAGUAUGGCAUAAGGAAGAUAACCCAGGGGGGAGACUCCACUAACGAUAAUUCUAACAAUGGAGGAACGGACAGCCAUAGGGGAAAGAACCCCAACGGAACAUCGCAAAGCAACCUAUCCCAUGACGACCUCAUCGUUGGUAGCAUACACAACUAUUUGGAAAAUGCAGAUGUGCUGCAAAGUUACAUUUACAAGGAGUUGUCAGAAAUGACACCUACUGGGUCGAACGAGUCGGUUGUAUGUAAAAAUGGGGGACCUCAACAUAAUGGGGGGGGUGAUUGCGAAGACGGUAACCCCGACCAGGAUGAAAACUUCGUUCUCUUUUUAAAAAGAAUGAAGGAAAAAAAUGAACACUCCUACUUCCUAUACCUUAACAAGCUGAUGGAAUUUAUUUCCUUCUUCGUCGUAAACCACAGAUAUGCCUACAUUGCCAAUUUCCUCCUCAACAGCGUAAUCACCUACAUUGACUACGCAGACAUUUGCAAAAUUAAUGACUACAAGCGCUUUUUUGAAAUAUACAAUAGUUACGCGCCUAGGCAUAAGAACAGGUACCUCCAGUCGCUGCAGAAAUCCAAGUGCUUUGAAUUAAUUAACAUUAAUUAUUAUAAGGGGGACAUCAAAAUGAUGGGUUGA